AAGUGCUCCGGCGGUUACCGAGGCGAUGGCUGGGCGGGGAGACGACGCCCCGAGGGGGCGGGCGCAGCGCUGAUUGGCUGGGACGGCCACGCCCCACCACGCCUGCCAAUAGGCGUGGGCUGACGCGCACAUGCGCAGGAUUCCAAGGUCCCCUCUGCCUCAGCCGUUGGUGAGUCCCCGGGCUCGGAUGCCAGCAAGGGGAGGGGUCCGCGAACUCCGCGGUCUGCACGUGCCCCCGAGGGGCAGGGCCCCUUAGUCCGGAGCGGCCUCAGUACGGGCGGAGGCCGCGCCCCCCUUCCCCAUGGAGGCUCAUGGGAAACGUAGUCCACGGGAACGGCGGGGGCCUUCGCAACAGGCGCCUCAUUGGCCAAAGCUACGCGCGGGGGGUGGGCGGUGCCUGUACCGGAUGUGCCCUGGGACGCCUGCGCGUGAUAGAACCGACUGGGUGGGGCGGGGCCGUCACCGUGCGGGGCGGAGCUUCCCCGGAGGCGGGGUCCUGAGGGCGUGGCUUUCUGAAUGGGCGGGGCGUCCCGGAGGGCUGCCCGCCCGGUCCGUCUCCUGCCCCCUUCCUCGCCCCGCCCCCAACGCCCCCAACGCCCCUGGGGACCUGCUUGGCCUUUGGGCCUCCGCCGCGCCCCCUGGGCCUUCACACCCUGGCGCCCCCUCGGUGUGGGCCUUGGCCUGGCCGCGCUCACCCCUCCGUCCCUGCAGGCUGCCGUGGCUGACCCCAGGACUCCCAGCACUAUGGCAUCGCCCCCGGGCCCCGAGAGCCUGUCCUCAGGGGACCCCGAGGCCGCGCGGCUGCGCUUCCGCGCCUUCCGCUACCGGGACGCGGCCGGGCCGCGCGAGGCCCUGGCGCGGCUCCGCGCGCUCUGCCGCCGCUGGCUGCGGCCCGAGGCGCGCUCCAAGGAGCAGAUGCUGGAGCUGCUGGUGCUGGAGCAGUUCCUGGGCGCGCUGCCCCCCGAGAUCCGGGCCUGGGUGCAGGGCCAGCGGCCGGGCAGCCCCGAGGAGGCCGCUGCCCUGGUGGAGGGGCUGCGGCGGGAUCCCGCGCCCCUGCUGGGCUGGAUCGCAGUCCAGGUCCUGCGGCAGGAGGUGGCCCCGGCAGCCCAGGAGACAGAGGCGCCCCUAGCUCCCGGGCCGCGCCCGGGCUCGGCCCUGGAGAAAGCCCCUGCCGACGCGGGGGGCCCGGGCCCUGCGCCUCCGCUCGGCUGCUGUGUGAAGGAGGAGCCCGAUGCAGAGCAGCCGCAGGCGGCCCCCUCCAGCCCUGCAGUGCCGACCCUGAGCCCUGGGGGGCGCCUCGGACACCAGGACCCGGCCUCCUCCGCGUCCCACCCGCCCCGGACCCAGGUGAGCACCCCAGCAGGAGGCCCGUGCGCCAGGCAGACACCGGUCACCAAGGGCACGGGCGCAUCCUUGGUGACCGGUGUCUGCGCUCCAGCCGGCCCAGCUCCCUGUCUGGGGCUGAGUGGGGCCCCCCAGGUGGUGGAGCCCGGGGUGUGGCCCCUGGCGGGACCGCGGGGCCCCUGGCCAGGGAGAGCUGGUCUGGAGACCGUCUGGGGGGAGGGGGCCCCCUCCCCUGGUCCUGAGGCAGCAUCUGAUCACUCAGCCCCCUUGCGCAGGUGCAGGUGGGGAGGGGCAUGAUGGACACCUGGCGGUCUGGCAGCUGGCGGCCUCCGGGCCCCCCAGGGCAGAAUGGGGUCGUCCCCCCAAGGACAUGUCCU